GAUUGAAUGAAGUCUUGGCCAAACUCUUUCUGACUGCCAUGGUGGCUGACGCGCCUGUUACAGUAGAGGUCGACUCGGUGGUGCCAAAGCCGGGCGAAGAAAGCGGUCGAAGGCCCUCGCGCAGCGCGACUGCUGAGCGUCCACUCCGGAGGGCUCAAUCGGAGAAGCCCUCAUCGCAAGGUCUUCGGGGCUCACCGCUCUCUGCGCGGAAUGACUGGUCCAUCCGGAGGCCUGACACCCACCAGCUGGGCGGAGCCUUUACUCUCUUCGGCCCACCUCCAAGAACCCCACGAACGGAGAAGAGGUCGCCUCCAGGAGCUGGAGCCAAGCUGGCCACAUAUGAGCGGAAUGUGGAGUUCGUGAAGCAGCGGGAAGCGCGGUUGGAGAGUGCUCGCAAAGAAAGGGCUGAUCAGGAGAUCAGCCAGUUGGCGGCUCCCAGCCUCACCGAGACCUCCCGGAAGCUGGUCACCAGCGGCUACUCUCCUCCAUGGGAGGGAAAGAGGAGCUUCUCUGCCUCCUGUCGAUCCCAAAAGGUGAUGAAGGCGGCCGCAGAGUCAAAGGCACAGGAGGAGGCAGAGCACACCUUCAAGCCGUCCAUCAACGAACGCAGUAAGGCCAUCUUCAGGCACAUGAUCAACACCGGGCAGCCCUGGCACGAUCGGGUGCACGCGGGCGACCGUCCUGGGAAGCCUCCGGGCACCAAAGCCUUGACCCCCGCUGCGAGCAACAUCCCUUCUCACCACAGAUCUCGAAGAAGGCUCAACAGCUGCGACGUGAUGGUGAUGUCUCCGAGCGUUUGCACCGAGAAGCGACCAAGGGCGGAGCCUGAGCCGAAAAAGACCCGGGCCCUGAAGAAGAGGAUCUCACAGUUGUUGGCGCAGGAGGUCAACGCCCAAAAACGCGAAGCUGAGCUGCGCACAGAUACACCAAAGGACAGGGUGGACAGGCCAAGCCAAGCUCCGGGCGUGUCCAAGCUGGUGGAAGCCUUGAGCCGCCGAGAGAAGACACGGCCCAAGCCAGCUGCAGGAUGACCUGCGUCCACCGGUGAGUCACCAGCUCAAGCGCGGAAUGUGUAGAUGUUGAAAGAAGCUUGAGAUGCUGAGGUAUCCAAGACCAAAGGCAUAGACACUGAUUUGUCAUAUUUGUUUUGCAUUGCAAAAAGCC